CGUUAUUGCUUUGAACUUUAGGUCAAUUCUGAAAAAAAAAAAUAAACAUGGCGGAGAUCGAGAAGUGGAUUGAGGUAGCAAAAGAAUGUAAAUAUUUGCCAGAAAAUGACCUAAAAAAACUCUGUGAUAUGGUGUGUGAGCUUCUGUUGGAGGAAUCAAACGUCCAGCCAGUGUCCUCACCAGUAACAGUGUGUGGAGACAUCCAUGGACAGUUUUAUGACUUGAUGGAGCUGUUCAGAACUGGAGGACAGUGUCCAGAUACAAACUACAUAUUCAUGGGGGACUUUGUCGAUCGUGGUUAUUACAGUUUGGAGACCUUCACAUUAUUGCUAACAUUGAAGGCACGAUGGCCUGAUAAGAUUGUAUUGUUGCGGGGAAAUCAUGAAAGCAGGCAAAUAACUCAGAUUUAUGGUUUUUAUGAUGAAUGUCAAUCUAAAUAUGGAAAUGCCAAUGCAUGGAGAUACUGUUGCAAAGUGUUUGAUCUCCUCACAGUGGCAGCAAUCAUUGAUGAGUGUGUCUUAUGUGUCCAUGGAGGCCUGUCACCAGAUAUAAAGACCAUAGACCAGAUUAGAACGAUAGAACGAAAUCAGGAAAUACCACACAAAGGAGCCUUUUGUGAUUUGGUGUGGUCUGAUCCAGAAGAUGUUGAAACAUGGGCAAUCAGUCCCAGGGGUGCAGGCUGGCUAUUUGGAGCAAAGGUCACAAAUGAGUUUAUGCACAUCAACAGCUUGAACCUUAUAUGCAGAGCCCACCAGCUAGUACAUGAAGGCUACAAGUACAUGUUUGAUGAGAAAUUGGUGACGGUCUGGUCAGCACCCAAUUAUUGUUACCGAUGCGGUAACAUAGCAGCAGUCCUGACGUUCUCGGAUCCAGACACACGGGAGGCCAAACUGUUCCGCGCAGUACCGGAACACGAGAGGGUCAUCCCCGCACGCACCACUACACCCUAUUUUCUGUAGGACGAGAUGACUACCAUGUUAUUUAGAAUGUAGACAUUCAGGUUUCCAAAGUUUUGCAAAGUCCGGUUGACCAGUUUGAAUUUCAUGGAAAGAAAACAUUCAUCGCAUCUAAGAUAUGACACUGAAUAGUAAAAAAAAAUCAAAUGUCACUCAUGGAUACAAAAGACUGAUACAUUGUCAAAAGACUUGAUACAUUGUUUCAUGUUCAUUUGUCCCAGGAAUCAUCGUUUUUGUCAUUCAUAUGUACUUUUUUGUAACAUUGCACUAUUUAAUGUUUUAUGUGUCUUUUUUGUCUUCAAACAAUGCAUCUAUAUAUUAACAUUUUUAGAUAUUGAUUUUAAUUGCAAAUACAGUAUGUAAAUAUUUGAAAAUUAAAUGAUUGUAUUUUU